AUGGCAGCAGGUCCUAUCGCAGAGAGAAAUCAAGAUGCUACUAUUUAUGUAGGAGGUCUUGAUGAUAGAGUGUCAGAAAGUCUUUUAUGGGAAUUAUUUGUACAAGCUGGACCUGUUGUAAAUGUUCAUAUGCCUAAAGACCGUGUAACCCAAACACAUCAAGGAUAUGGAUUUGUUGAAUUUAUGGGAGAGGAAGAUGCAGAUUAUGCUAUAAAGGUUAUGAAUAUGAUAAAACUGUAUGGUAAACCAGUUCGAGUAAACAAAGCUUCGGCACAUCAGAAGAACCUUGAUGUUGGAGCAAAUGUAUUUAUAGGAAAUCUAGACCCUGAAGUUGACGAAAAAUUACUUUAUGACACAUUCUCAGCUUUUGGCGUUAUUUUGCAAACACCGAAGGUAAUGAGAGAUCCAGAAACAGGAAACUCAAAAGCAUUUGCUUUCAUUAACUUUGCCUCAUUUGAGGCAUCUGACGCCGCAAUAGAAGCUAUGAAUAACCAAUAUCUAUGUAAUAGGCCUAUAUCUGUGUCUUAUGCAUUCAAGAAGGAUGUCAAAGGAGAGAGACAUGGUUCAGCAGCUGAAAGAUUACUCGCCGCACAAAAUCCACUGUCUCAUGCAGACCGUCCACAUCAGCUAUUCGCAGAUGCACCCCCAACCAUGAUGGGGCCCAUGCUUAUGGCGCCACCACCCCCUCCAACACCAACACCGAUGCCGCCACCAGGGCCUCCACUGAAUGCAAGACCCCCACCACCAUUACCCAUGUCGGCGCCACCACCGCCCCCCUCUUCAAUGCCACCACCGGGGCCGCCACCUCCACCCGGGCCCCCGCCUCCUCCACCACCAUUCCACCACUUUCCCCCUCCACCGUUCGGUCCCCCCGGCUUCGGUCCACCACCUCCACCAGGCGCUCGCCCUCCCCCUCCAUGGCGUCCUCCACCCCCACAGUUCAGGCCACAGUUUCCACCUCGUGGGCCGCCGCCGUUUGGCCACCCUCCAUUCCCCCCCGCACCACCCGCCUGA